ACCAGCCGCCUGUACAGAGACCGGAACUGCCCGGUCCUCAAGUCGUACGAGACCUUCCUGCACGACACGUACGGCAAUGACAUCGUGCACUCCGUGGACUUUGCCGAAGGUUUUCUCGAGGUGCGCGACGAGGUCAACGAGCGGAUGGCCAUAGGGACGGCGGGCAAGAUACGCGAACUACUCACGCCGGACUGCAUCGGCCCUAGGACGCAGCUGAUGAUCAUCACAGGUGCCUACUUCGACGGUGCCUGGGAGGCGCCCUUUCAGGUUGUGUCGUUCGAGGACAGCGUUUACUUGUCGGACGACGAAGUCAGGAGCGAACUGCGGAAACACGGUUACGGCGAGGUCCCCUACUCAGUUCUCCAGCAGUUCAAGCGCGACUUCCAAAGGCGUAUUCGUGAGGAAAUCCGCAAGCAAGUCAACACGUCAACGCCUCUUUUAAACGGUGCACAGCAUGCCAGCGAACAAUCGAGAGGCUCGGCUUCCAGCACCAAGCAAGCUCGUUUCGAGUCGUCCUCCCUCUUCGAGAACGUCUCGUAUUCGUCCUGCUACUCGUCUCCAUACUACGAAAGCCACCGCAGUGAUAGCUGUGGUAGGUCGGAGAAAGAUGUCGCUGCAGCCAAACUACCACCACAACCACCUAGAAAAGUUGUCUCCGCUCUGCGGAAUAACGUGAAGCACGAAGCGAGUUCAUCCUGCUAUUCGACACCUGCCGCUUCACCCUCUGAACAAACGACAGACUCGAGCAAGGGUAGCGAUCGCUCCGGCGAGGAACCUGCCCCACGUGUGCUGCAUCGAAAAGUAUUGAGAUGCUGUAAUGGCCAUGCCUACAUCUCGGAGCGGUCAACCUUGAGCACGGACUCCCGAGACCUUGCAGGCAGUGUUCUGGAGAGCUUUAAGGAAAACUAUUCACAUUUGGAUGGUACUCUGCCAAAGAAGCCAACCACGCUACCCCCCUUGAAGGGGGAACCGAUUCAGAAAGAUCACAUCAAGCCGCCAAAGGCAACCAUGCUUUCAUUGCUCAAGGUUUCGGGCACAAAGGUCACGUGGAACAGAGGACCGCACAAGUGUGACCCCGUGACCCGCUACCACGAGUACAAGGCCUUCUGGGAGCGUCACAAAGCACCGGGCGAAAAGGCCCACAAGCAGCUGAGGUGGAACGUGCGGGCGCAGAUGCUACGACGAGACGACGUUGUUGCGUGUUCCUGGAGGCCAGCUAUAACGAAAGAACCACCUGCCGCAUGGCCGAAAUGAAGCACAUCCUUCAUAGCUUUCUUUUUUAGGGCACAUAAGAUGUAUAUCAUUUUCUUCAUCACUUUCGUGGCACAUAGUGUACAUAUAUCGCAUUUCCAGUGUGAUUGUUGGAAUGUAUGUGCUGCCAGAAUCUUAACAUUUUGCCACGAAUGCUGUAACACAGGGUGCAGUAGGUAUUCAAGGACAAGAAAAUUAAAAAUUCCCAUGCCUUCUCUCAAAACUGAUCGACUUGCACAAUGUUUCAUGCAGUAUUAAAUGAAACUACUAUCUUCAAGCUCGUGUCGACAGGCGCAAGCUCCCUUGUGCCUGUCGUGUGUAUGUCUCUUCUGUUGUCCGUGUUUUUAGUGCAGCCAUGAAACAAGUGUCAAGCUCCUGUUUAUUAAAGCUAUCACUGGCAGUGAUC